AUGGUUCCAGUGAUCUCUGAGCUCCCUUCAAUGGAGACCAUUUUCUCCCCAGCCUCUGUGAUCCUGGAGACUUCCUUCAUCGAGCCUCCUAUGCCUCCACCUGCCAAGUCUCCCACAGCUGUGCUCACGGCCGUCCAGAAGAGGAAGCGGAGAAGAAAGGCUCCUACUCCCCACAGCUCCGUCCGCUCUCCCAGAGAUUCCCCCUCCAGCGCUCCGGCUCCUCCUCCCGAGACUCAAAUCCCUGCUCAUCCUGCGGCUCCGCCUGCUCCACCUAUGGCUCCUCCUUCUGAAACACAAACCUCUGCUCCUCCAGCUGCUCUGUCCACUCCACCUCCAGCUACUCCUCCUGAAUCUCAAAUCCCUGACCCUCCAGCAGUUCCGCCUGCUGCUCCUCCGGAUCCUCCUCCUGGAACUCAAAUCCCCAAACCAACUGUGGCUCUGCCCCCUGUGGCUCCACCCCCUGACCCCUUGCCAGUUCCAUCCUGGUGUCCUGAUCCUCCGCCAGUUGUCUUCCUGGAGCCGCCUCCCAAACCUCCGGACCCCACUCCCUUCUUGGAGGCUCAUCCCUGGCCUCCUGAGCCUCUGCUAGCCUCCUGA